UCUGCUCGCAACGCUCGCGAUUUGCCAAGAUACUCGGCGUCGACAUAAUAUAAGAAUAUAUCUUAUGCUAUGAGCGUUUCGGUGUGCACAUCCAGUGGCCAUGUGUUCGUGAUUCCUGAUUCUUUCCAUUCGAACGAUCAAUUACCUUAUCAGCUUUAUAAUUUAUAAUUUACGGUUGUUAAGCGAUCUAAUAAUUCGGCUUUUUUAUAUGCCAUGUAUCUUGGUAAACCAAGCACACCUCUUUUAUGAGAAUAUAUAACCUAUUACGUGUACGCAUGGUGAUCGCGAUCGUAUUAUGGCGUUAUUUCUCCUGUAACUGCAAUGUCAGUGAAACAUUUGUCAAAAAAGGUAUAUCUCAGUCAGCACUUCCUUAUCGACGAAGUGUACCAACUUGGUUGAAACUAACACCAGAAGAUUGCAAAGAACUUAUCUAUAAGCUAGCGAAAAAAGGACAUACACCAUCUCAAAUUGGUGUCAUACUUCGUGACUCACAUGGAGUAGCACAAGUACGAUUCCGUACAGGAAAUAAGAUUUUGCGCAUUGUAAAGAGCAUGGGUCUGGCUCCUGAUCUACCAGAGGAUCUCUAUUACCUGAUCAAAAAGGCCGUCGCUGUGCGCAAACACUUGGAGCGAAAUCGCAAAGAUAAAGAUUCGAAAUUCCGUUUAAUUCUCGUCGAGUCGAGAAUUCACAGGUUGGCGCGUUACUAUAAGACGAAAGGAUCUCUACCGCCGAACUGGAAAUACGAAAGUUCAACGGCCAGUGCUCUUGUAGCUUGAUUUUGUUUGUUUAAAAAAAAAAGUAAAUUGAUGUCUUCGGAAUUUAUUAAAGCAUAAUAUUUACAUAUUAUACUUUAUUAAUAAAAAAAAGUGA